AUGACGGCCUUCAACAUGGUACACCGGGGAAAUGGGCCCGAGAGGAAUUUUAGCGCUAAAGAAGAACGAAAGUUGCGGAAGCCUCUAAUUGAGAAAAAGAGGCGGGAGCGCAUCAACUGCAGUCUGGAACAACUGAAAGGGAUCAUGGUGGAUGCAUACAACCUGGAUCAAUCUAAACUGGAGAAGGCUGAUGUACUGGAGGUUACUGUGCAACAUAUGGAGGGUUUGCAGAAGGGUCACGGUUCAGGUUCCCCUUCUGGUCCCAGUAUAGGGUUUGAGUCCCGGCAGCGCUACAGCAGCGGAUACAUUCAAUGUAUGCAUGAGGUCCACAACCUGCUCAAGAGCUGCCCAGGCAUGGACAAGCCACUGGGGGCCCGGCUCCUCAACCACCUGCUCAAGUCUUUGCCCCAUAUCAGCUCUGAGAGUGGUGGUACUAGUAAUGGUGGUAGUCCCAUGUCUGGAUCUGGGCCUGUCUCCCCUCCCCAGUCUCCGCUUUCUCUGUCAUCUGGAGGUGGAGCGCAGUCAUUCCAGCCUGGCUGUUUACAGAUGCAUCAUGCCAAGCCCCCCUUGCAGCCAUCACCCCCACCCAUAGGAAGCUCACCGCUCCACGCCCUUUGCAGCCAGAUACAUUCUGGUAGAGAUGGGAGGGAUCAGCAGAAGUCCGUCUCCUCCUCCCCUUCUUGCUCCCCCAAUCUACCCCAGCCUGAGGUGUUUCACCCCGCCCCCCUGUCCCCUUUCUCCCCCCCUGGGGGAGACCCCUCCAUGUGGAGGCCUUGGUGA